GGAGGGAGAGGGAAAGGAGAGGAGGAGAAAGGUUUUCCAGCGCGAGGCACACAAGCACGUUCGGCGGCCGUCGACAAGGCGUUCAAAUUGCAAAAUGCUGGUGCGGAAAUGAACUAAGACAACCCGACCCGCUGCGUGUGUCGUAUGCUGUUGUCGAGCCGCGCGCGUACACGAGGCGCACGUCCCGAGCCAGCCUGAGCUCGCCACUGGCUGCUGCGGCUGCUGCUGCUGCGGCCCGCGCGUCCUGGGGAUACCCCUUGCACUUUGGACAGGAUCGGGGGCGACAUCUCUUUAUGCGAGGCGAGGAGGACCAGCAUCCGUGAAGAGGUCAACAGCUCCAACAUGCAGGAACCAGAGUUGGAUCUCUCUCAAGCUGUGCAGGCUGCCUCAAUAUGCAAUGAUGCUCCAACACGUCCAGAUGGUGUGGCUGUCUCCUCUGUUCCAAGAAAGUCAAUUGUCGCUAAAUUGCACGAGAAAAUGGGAACAUUUAGCUCUCGUAAAAUUGAGGAAUUAAAGAGAGAUAGACGGCGCACGCGCUCGCUCAACCCCCCGAGCCAGGUGGACCAGUUCGGGCCGUGCGGUCGCAUCCUCAAGAACUCCGGGAUGGUGAUGACCGUCCAGGACCCCGCCUCACAGCGGCUCACCUGGGCCAAGAAGCCGCUGACGGUGCUCGUCAUCAAGAAGGUGCGCGACGGCAAGGUGCUGCCGCCCUUCGUGCAGCUCACGCGCUGGCUCGUGCUGGAGAAGAGCAUGCUCGUGUUCGUCGAGCAGAGCGUGCUGGAGGACCGGGCGCUGCUCGAGGACCCCGACUUCCACGACGUGUCGGGCAAGCUGCAGACGUUCCGCGACGGCAAGGACGAGCUGACGGACAAGAUCGACUUCAUCAUCUGCCUGGGCGGCGACGGCACGCUGCUGUACGCCAGCCUGCUCUUCCAGCGCUCCGUGCCGCCCGUCAUGGCCUUCCACCUCGGCUCGCUCGGCUUCCUCACGCCCUUCCAGUUCGAGAACUUCGAGGCGCAGAUCACCGAGGUCCUGGAGGGCAACGCGGCGCUCACGCUGCGCAGCCGCCUCGAGUGCAUCAUCGAGCGCGGCGACGGCGAGGACGGCGACGGCGAGCUGGUGCCGCGCGUGACGGGCCGCGGCCGCAGGGGCAUGCCCACCAGCCUGCUGGUGCUCAACGAGGUGGUGAUAGACCGCGGGCCCUCGCCGUACCUCUCCAACAUCGACCUGUACCUCGACGGCAAGCUCAUCACCUCCGUGCAGGGUGACGGUCUGAUCGUGUCCACCCCGACGGGCAGCACGGCCUACGCCGUGGCGGCCGGCGCGUCCAUGAUCCACCCCAGCGUCCCCGCCAUCAUGGUCACGCCCAUCUGCCCGCACUCGCUGUCCUUCAGGCCGAUCGUCGUCCCCGCUGGCGUGGAGCUCAAGAUCGCACUCAACUGUGAUGCGAGGCACACCGCCCACGUGUCGUUCGAUGGCCACUGCCCGCAGGAAUUGCGCAUGGGGGAUAGCUUACGAGUCACAACUUCAAAGUACCCUGUUCCAUCAAUUUGCGCUGCCGAUCAAAUAACUGACUGGUUUGCUUCUUUGGCGGAGUGCUUACACUGGAAUGUGAGGAAAAGACAGAAGCAUUUGGAUGAAUUAAGCGAUCUCACUCAUUCCAGUUCCAAUGACACAUUGGAUUCUCUGGAUAGCUAGCGAUGGACGCCGGGGACACAGCCCCCAGCGCAAUCUGCUAACAACCUUGGAGGGCUAGACGCUGUCCAAGCCUUGCAUCGUUGCUGUGCCCUGUUUAGUUUGGGUGUCAGUAAGGUAUAACUGUACCUGAUGUAGCCUCAUGCGGUGGCUUGUGAGAAGAGACCAAAACUUACAAGGUUUGGUCUACCCAUGUUUUGAGUUAACUGGAACUCUCAAAUCUAUUUAUGAAUCUGGUUGUUUGAUUUUGUUCAGGCUCACAAAUUGUUUUUUGAAUUUAUGAAUGGUGUAGAGGAUGCUUUGAAGUGAGCCUUAAUUAAAAUCUCGUCUCACAUAGGGUAAAGAAGGAACAUGGAAGGAAGUUUUAAUUUUUACAAGUUAUUUUUUUUCUGUAAUGUACAAAUUUUUGUUGUUUUUAACUUAGUAAAGAAAAUUUAUUGGUUGUACUUGUUGAGUAUGCUGAGCAUUCAUGUGAUGAAUCCAAAAAUGGUGAUAUGUUGGAUCAUACUUAGAUAUAAUGUAGAAAUCUUCAUCCAACAACUUCAUGACAAUUUUGUGCUGUGCUGUAGGUUUUAAGAGAUGUAUACGAUUAUAAAGUUUUGAUAAGAUGCUCCAGGUUUUUACAGGAGCUCUGGAUGAGUGGAUCAGCAGCAUUAAUAUCUUCUGAAUGAUUGUCAUUCUUAGUUUUCUGAUAAUCUCCUUCAUUUCUAAGUCAAUUACACAUAUGAAGCAAACAAAGUGAAAAUGGAGUUGUAUAUGUUCAAGAGCCUUAAGUUUCUAAAGUCAGAUAUUUUGCAUUUCUUACGUUUGAUAAUUUUGGUGCAGAGUUUGUUACUAUCUGGUCUUAUUCAUGAAUGAUAAUGAGAGCAGAGCUUUACAGUGAUUGAUGAAGAGUAACCUGUAAGCACCUACAUUUUAUCUGAUCAUUCUUAUUUGUGCUAGAGAUCUCAUGCAGACUUGCUUGUGUAAAUUUUUGAUAACAAAAAAACAAAAAAAAGGAUGAGUGAAUUCAUUUAACUACAUGUACCAAUAUUUUGGCCAAAGAUCAGUAUACUUCUUUCAUCAUUUUCAUAGACUGCUGUGUAAGUUCCAUAUCAUUGUUGACAUUGCAUCUAACUCUCUUUCUGUAUGUCAUACAUUCUCUUCAGUUAGGGAAAAAAAUAUUCCAGAAAAAGACAAUUUCAAUUAAUCAAGCUGUUUGUGUAGUACAUCUUCUAACAAAAAACUUCAUCAAAAAAAUUUGGUGCAGGGUUUUUGCAAUUUUUAAUUUUUAGUUGACCUAAUUCCGUUCUUUGUACCUAUUGUGUCAUGUGACAAUCCUAAACUUAAUCUGAAACUUAACUUUAAUGGGAUCAAAUUUAUUUAAAAAUUAUCAUUGUGUUCAACUCUUAUUCAUGUACAGUUCAUCGCAUGAAUUUUUCUUAGAGUCAUUUCUUCUAUUAGAGGAGAGAGCUUCAAAUAACCAUUUUUUGAAACGUGGAUUAUGACAAUACUUGACUGAUUUUCUCUUUCGCAUCUAUCAUACUGCUCCUCUCUUGAGGGGUAGUGAUUUGUUUUUGUGUGUGCUUUAUGAAAGCACACAAACAAUUAAAUAGCAGCAGGGGUAAUGAUGGCUUAGAACCAACAAUUCUUUAAUUUGCAAUGUCACUAAAAUUUCUAUUUGUGUGUUUUUUUACUGAUUGACCAUUGGAUCUCUCAAACUUUAGUUUACAAUUAAUUGUGCAGUUUUGAAUGUGACCUGCCUAAUCUUUUGAAUUACGUAGAUUUAAUGUGUCAAGUAGUUUCUAGUUCCCCUUAAAAUUAUGAACAAAUUUGUCAUUUAUGGUACCACUUAUUGAUGAGUCCAAGAUCUUUGUCACUACAGUGUGAUACGGUGAUAGUAAAUUGGCUAUCAUUGAAUAUGUGCCUCGAUAAGUUUUUAUCAGUGAGAUUACUCAACACAAAUAAUUUAUGACAUUUCUGUAAUCUUAUUGUGCUCAUAUGGUUCCAACAAGUUUCUGCUCAAGUUUCAGCUUUUAUUGUGUAUUUUUUCCCCUAAACAUUCCUGUUUGUGAAGUUAUAAUUAUGAUAAUAUACUGUUAUAUGGUAGCUAGAUUUAGCCAAUCAGCUCAAUACUACUAGUGCGUAAAGGACCAAAUAAAAUAAAUUGGGGUAUUUUGAGUAGCUUUUUUUCUUGACACUCUCUCUGGGAAAAGUCAUUUUGUCAUAGUGGGAAUUUCGUCCUGCACAUUAAAAAUUUUGUCAAAAACUGAUUGAAUUGCAGUAUUUACUUCAUCAAUGGAACAGUCGGGGUUUCAUGUCAACAUCCUCCUCAUUUAACACUUAUUAAGUAUUGACAAGCAGAUCUGGUCAUGUAAUGCUCGGACCACGUCUUUGUUAUUGUAAUGGCAUGUUGUCAAGAUUUGUUGCCAUGAUUGUUCAUUAUUUGUAUUUGUUGUCUAUUUUAAUUUUAUUUCAAAAAUCAAAUUCUGUAAUUUGGUCUUUCUUGUUAACUUACUCUUAAGCAUUUUGUACAAAAGAAUGACAAAAAUAUAUAUCGUGGUAUUUGGUUUUAA